CCAACUGUUGUUAGUUGUUACAGUAAAGACUGUAUUAGUUGUGAUAGGUUGGAACCAAGCCACAUUUAGUAGAAUUUGGUUCAAAAAACAUUUUUUAAUGGGAAUAGUGUAAAAAUAGGUCCAUACUGAAUUUUACAUAAUUUGAAGGCUAACAACAGAUUAGGCGUUAAAGGGCACCAUAGUGGGAAAGAAAGAUAAACGAUGAAAUAAAAUUAAACGUAUAUUUCAUUAGUGAAUUCAGCUAUGUAGUGCUGGUAAGAACUAAGUUAUAGGUCACCUACGACUGGCAACAUAUAUACUAUUUCGUUUCCUAUCCUUCAUAUACAAAUGGCUAUUUAUUAUUCACUUGUUUACUAUGUUUGAGAGUCUUUGGUAGUCCAAAAAAAGCACGGAAGAAAAUAGGCUAUUUAAAUGAAGUAUGGGUAUGGCAAAGUGGAUCACAGAAAAAAUGAGACCAUAACCCAAGAAGAAGAAAAUUUAGGUACAAAAAUAGAGGACAAAUGUAAUAAGAAUGAAUAGAAAUAGUUUAGUAAAAAAGAACUAUGAUCUUAGAACCGAAAAGAAAGUAUGGACAGGCCAAGGAAGAACUGGAACACUAAAACUAUAGAAAUUGACAAAAAAAAAAGCAAAAAUUUAGAAGAAAUGAGACUAUUAUCAAAGAACGAGAAAGGGCGAAAGAAAUAGGUGAAAUAAUAAUAAUUUAUUUACUCAAUAAAUAAUAAAAAAAACUUAUUUUAUAACUCAGUGGUGGCCAUGAUACAAUAAGAAAAGUAUACUUAGUAUAUAGUGUGUACGAGGUACAAACAUUCUAAUUGAAACGUUUUAAGAUAUAUUAAGUAUCGUAAGAUAUUUUUUAUUCAAGGUUUAGAAAAGAUUGAUGUUUUUAAAAUGUUAGUAAAACAAGAUUAUGUACUUUUGAAAUAUAAAAUUGUAUGUAAGGGGGUGAAUUAGAGGGAGUAUUAUUAUGUAUGUGAUGUUCUGUCGCUAAUGCAUCGAGGAAAUAGUCUCGAUGCCUAUAAUGACCCUUCCAAUCAUAUCUUCUCAAAGAAGUAAGAUUUGGAGUAGCUUCAAGUUAGAUAGAUCGCCCUCUUAUAUUUGGUAUGCACCUAAGUAUAGUGCCCAUGAAUUCUGGAGUGCUACACAUUCAGUCAGAAUAUGAAUAGAGGUUCUGUCUUCCUCCUCACAGAUUCUGCACUCACUAUCUUCUAAUGGGUGUAUCUUCUAGUGGUACCCGAUAUUUUUUUCAAAUACCUUGACAACCAGGUGACAGAUCGCCAUGUUUUAGAAACGUCAGUCUAGUACAAUUUUAACAAUGAACCACCUCACACCACAACAACGUGCUGAAAUUGUAAAAAUGUAUUUUCAAAAAAAUUCCUCUGUUACGCUGACUCGACGCGCGUUCAGAGCAAGGUAUUGUAGCCAGAAUGCGCCUACCCCGAAGACUACUCGUGCUUUGGUUGCAAAAUUUAAUGCACAGGAUAUUUGGCAACCUCUGUCCGUCGGAGAAUAAGCCGCAUGAGGUGGUCGAACAUGACAUGGGCGACUAUUGGUUCCAGCAAGACGGCGCAACAUGCCAUAGAGCCCGUCUAACAAUGGAUUUAUUGCGUACCACGUUCCCGAAUCGAUUGAUAUCAAAAUACGACAAUUUCGACUGGCCGGCUCAUUCACCAGAUUUGACCGCACCUGACUUUUUCCUGUGGGGAUAUCUGAAGGGAAAGGUUUAUGCCGAUAAACCAGCCACUCUCCAACAACUUAAAGUCAACAUACCCCGAGAAAUCGCUGCCAUUCAACCCGAAACAUUCCAAAAAGCGAUGGAAAAUGCCGAAAAACGGGCCGAUUUGUGUGAGGCGUCCGGAGGUGGCCACUUGGCCGAUGUCAUCUUCAAAGUGACCAAAUAAAUUGUAAUGGAUCCAAUUUCAAUAAAAAAAACAUUUAUUACAAAAAAAUUCACUGUCAAAUUCACGAAGUAUAGAUACAAGGAGUCCGAACGUAAUGUUGAAUGAAUGGCAUCAAUUUGGGGGACAGACUUUUUGCCGGUAGGGCGCGCCACUUUUGAAGAAGUACUCGUUUAAUUAUUAUUUGAAAAUUAAACAAAAUUAUUAAUCAAGCAUUUGUUAAAAACAAAUUUUUAAUAUUAUUUAGAGGUUACUCACUUUU